CUCUCUCUCUCUCUCUGUCUUUCCCUCCCUCCUCCACCAACACCGCCCUUCUCCGGGCGAACCCCAGAGCCUCAACAUCUCCCGUGACGGGCAGUGGUCAGGGAGCCUCAGGACGAGCCGAGAGGAGACCAUCGGAGGAGGGGGACAGCGAGCGUGCACUGAGCCAUUUUACUCGGAGGACCCGGCGUCGUUGAUGGGAAGAGGAUGCACUGCGGGCUGCUGGAGGAGCCGGACAUGGAUUCCACAGAGAGCUGGAUCGAAAGGUGCCUCAAUGAGAGCGAGAGCAAGCGAUACUCCAGCCACACGUCUCUGGGGAACAUGUCCAACGACGAACAUGAGGAAAAGGAGAAUAACAGAGCGACUAAACCACAUUCGACACCAGCUACUCUGGAAUGGUUAGAGGAAAACUACGAAAUAGCAGAAGGUGUGUGCAUCCCCAGAAGUGCGCUCUACAUGCACUACCUUGACUUCAGCGAGAAGCACGACACGCAGCCCGUGAACGCGGCGAGCUUUGGAAAGAUUAUAAGGCAGCAGUUCCCAGCACUGACAACCAGACGACUGGGGACAAGAGGACAGUCCAAGUACCACUACUACGGGAUCGCGGUGAAGGAGACGUCACCGUACUACGAUGUGAUGUACUCCAAAAAGGGGGCGGCGUGGGUGAACGAGACGGGGAAGAAAGAGGUCACGAAGCAGACAGUGGCGUAUUCACCGCGCUCCAAGCUGGGGACGCUCCUGCCAGAGUUUCCAAAUGUCAAAGACCUAAAUUUGCCUGCCAGCCUGCCAGAGGAGAGGGUGUCGACGUUCAUCAUGAUGUACAGAACGCACUGUCAGAGGAUACUGGACACGGUUAUCAGAGCCAAUUUUGACGAGGUCCAAAGUUUCCUGCUGCACUUCUGGCAGGGCAUGCCGCCCCACAUGCUGCCCGUCCUCGGCUCCCCCACCGUGGUCAACAUCGUCGGCGUUUGUGACUCCAUCCUCUACAAAGCCAUCUCCGGGGUGCUGAUGCCCACCGUCCUGCAAGCACUACCUGACAGCUUGACUCAGGUUAUUCGGAAAUUUGCCAAACAGCUUGAUGAGUGGCUUAAAAUAGCACUUCACGACCUUCCUGAAAACCUGAGGAACAUCAAAUUUGAACUGUCGAGGAGAUUCUCCCAGAUUUUGAAGCGGCAAACGUCAUUAAACCAUCUCUGUCAGGCGUCUCGGACUGUGAUAAACAGCGCCGACAUCACCUUCCAAAUGCUGGAGGACUGGAGGAACGUGGACCUGAACAGCAUCACCAAGCAGACACUUUACACCAUGGAGGACUCGCAGGAGGAGCACAGGCAGCUUAUUAUGCACUUGUAUCAGGAAUUUGACCGCCUGUUGGAAGAGCAGUCUCCGAUCGAGGCCUACAUCGAGUGGCUGGACUCCAUGGUGGACCGCUGCGUCGUCAAGGUGGCGGGGAAGAGGCCCGGCUCGCUGAAGAAGGUGGCCCAACAGUUCCUGCUGAUGUGGUCGUGUUUUGGUACCAGAGUCAUCCGGGAUAUGACCCUGCACAGCGCGCCCAGCUUUGGUUCCUUCCACCUGAUCCACCUCAUGUUUGACGAUUACGUCCUCUACCUGCUGGAGUCGCUCCACUUCCAGGAGAGGGCCAACGACCUGAUGAGGGCCAUGAAAGGCGAGGGGAGCACAGCAGAGCACGAGGAGGAAUUCACGCUGACAGAAACCAGCCCCACCUCCCCGUCUCCGGGGUCCUACUCUCCCGCCCGCUCCGUCCAGUCGGUGGACGUCUCGUCGGCCAGCUCCCCCACCGCCGCCCUGUCCCCAGAGUACACAGGGGUCACCGCUUCCACAGGCGCUGUUCAGUCAUAUACCUGGUCCCUUACAUACACAGUGACCACAGCGGGCGGCUCCGCUCCGGAGGCCGGGCAGCAGCUGUCCUGCAUGAGGAGCAGCGCUCCCGUCCCGCCGCCGUCCUCCGCACACAGGAUGCCGGUGUACGCCCACAGGGAGGAGCACGGAUACAGCGGUAGCUACAACUAUGGCAGCUACACCAACCAGCACCCCCACUCCAUCCAGAGCCAGUACCCGAGCCUGGCCCACGAGCCGGCCAUCCCCGCCCCACUUCACUACUCCGCCUACCACCGCUCCUCUGCACAGUACCAGCUCAACAGCCAGAUGCCCCGCAUGGAGCCGUGCCUGAUGGGCAGCACUCCUCGGUUGCACCCUGCGCCCAUCGCCCCCCGCUGGCCAGAUGUGUCUCCUGCCAACAGCUGUUACUCCAGCCCGCCUAUGCAUUCCUCUCGCUAUGCCACCUCUGGGGACAUGUACUCUCCUCUCGGCCCUCGCAGAAACUCGGAGUACGAACACUCGCAGCAUUUUCCAGGCUUCGCCUACAUCAACGGAGAGGCCACCACAGGCUGGGCCAAAUAGGGCUUGAUUACUCCUUACCUGAUAAACUGGCAGCUGCAGUCUCUCAAAGACAAAGAGGAAGGUGAAAGAAAUCGAGGCCGGACUGACAAGUUUGAAGAGGCGUCACCCGACCAGAUCUCCAAUUAAUCAUUUCCUCCAUCAAACACUCGAUGGAGGAAAACAAAUCAUAUUGAUUGUCUGAACCUGCAGCAAAAUCAUAUAAAGAGUGCAAUGCUGCUGCCAAGCUGUGCCUUUGUUUUAAGGAAUGUACACCUCAGCCUGAGUUGCCCUUGCUGCUCUCAGCACUGUGUUUGGAUACCGGUGCAGCUGCGGGUUUUCCUGCAGGCGUUGCUCAGCACUGUUGCAGCAUCUCGUCGCGAUGAGCUGCGCCGCCUUAACCACCUCCUGGGACUCCAGGUCUGUGACUAUGAGCUGACAACCAUCGCGUGUUUCCAUCUCAGAUAGUUAACUUAAACACAACAAAUGUAUCCUGUCGCAAGCUUUUUCUGCUGUUUUUCUGUGACUAUAUAUCUAUAAAGAUAUAUAUAUAUAUAUAUAUAUAUAUAUAUAUAUAAGUAUUUUCUGUAACUUUGUAACAUGGUGUAAUGCUAUAUUUUCUAUGUCGUCUUUGUUUUGUAUGGUUAGUAAAGGAUGCAUUAACUUAGGGUUGUGUGUUUUAUAAUGCACUCAAAGCUACGGAGGACCUAUUACCCUAUGGGUAUUUAUUAAAAAGGGAAAUAUCAAAGUGUACAGUAACAUGAAGUCACUUUUCUGUAAAUAAAAAGCACUGGAGAGCA